UUGGUUAGUGGAGUAGCAGCGAUCGACAUCUUUAUAUGACGCCAAGCCGUGAAGCGAUGCUUCCACCAGAGGGAGACUCACACUUGGAGCAGCCACAGCGGGUGCUUGGCUCGGCUUUGGUUGCUCGUGAGUGAGAGGGUGAGUGACCAAUGGCGUCCAGGGCGUCCCUCUUCUUUGCCCUCAGCCUCCUGCUCUUUGCGGUGACCAGUGCCUGCCCUUACUGUGGCCCGGGCAACCAUGGCCACGGCGGCAGUGGGGGUAGCGGGAGUCACGGCGGCAGCGGGGGCGGUGGGAGUGGCGGCUACGGCGGUGGGGACAAUGGUGGCUACGGCGGUGGCAGCGGCGGUGGUGGCAGCGGCGGCGGGAUCGGUAGCGGUAAUGGAGGCGGGAUUGGUGGCGGCAACGGUGGGACGACAGGGUGGUACGGUCGGUGCCCGACAGACGCGCUGAAGCUGGGCGUGUGCGCGAACGUGCUGGACUUGAUCAAGGCGAAGGCCGGCGUGCCAGUGAACGAGCCGUGUUGCCCGCUACUGAACGGGCUCGUGGAGCUGGACGCCGCCGUGUGCCUCUGCACGGCCAUCAAGGCCAACGUGCUGGGGCUAAACCUCAACAUCCCCAUCCACCUCAGCCUCGUCCUCAACUUCUGCGGCAAGGGGGUCCCCACGGGUUUCAAGUGCGCGUAAUCAUGCAUAGUUUCCUAGUGCGUCGUUAGUACGUGACGAAUUUGUGCAUGCAUCGGGGGGUUAAUAAUAAGCUAAUCAUGUUGUCAUCAGUGUUAAGUUGUCCAUGCGUUGUUUCAGUUAGCAUGGAGUUGUCGGUUGUAGCCUCUAGUCAUCUUUGCAUUUGGGUUGGUGUCCAAGCUCAAGUUUGGACUACUUGUACUUGCUAAUUUUCCUAUUUUAAUUCACAUUCUCCGAUUUGAA